AUGACCAUCAUCCUGGGUGAUGACUAUGACAUCACAGUGUCUCUUGGGGGCCACACCCACAGCACCGACUGGCUUGCCAGCUUUGUGUUUCUGUUUCUUAAUCAGGAGGCUCCGGGGCUCCUGCAGAAGUCGUCUAGCGAUUCUAGCCAAGCCCUUGGAUUGCCUGUGUCAGGCCCGGCCAUCACCCUCACCGGGCUGCUUGUUAGCACUGUGCCCUUGUACCCAGAGUAUUCUCUGCCUGUGGAGACCUCGCCUCCUCCUCCUCAGCCUCUGGCUCUCUGUACCUUCAAAGCGGUGGGUGAGGGGAAGGCGGGCAAGAACCCGAGAAGCCUGGCUCAAAACCUCUCAGGUAGAGGACCCAGUGAAAGACCCAGCAGCCACAGCCAGCUAGGCUCCAGGCUCUUGGUCUUGUCUGAGCAGGGGUGUAUACCCUUAGGGCCCAACCCGGCAGCUCCACCCACGCUUCAGCAGAGGGUGAGCACUGGACUGAGCUACUCUUCUGCCCGCUUUCUCUUGGCAGGUGUCAAGCUAGGGAUGCAGUCCAUUCCCAUUGCCACAGCUUGUACCAUUUACCAUAAGUUCUUCUAUGAGAUCAACCUGGAUGCCUAUGACCCCUACUUGGUCGCCAUGUCUUCCCUUUAUUUGGCUGGCAAAGUGGAGGAACAGCACCUGCGCACUCGUGACAUCAUCAACGUGUCCAACAGGUACUUUCACCCGGGCAGUGAACCCUUGGAGCUGGACUCCCGCUUCUGGGCGCUCCGGGACAGUAUCGUGCAGUGUGAACUCCUCAUGCUGAGAGUCCUGCGUUUCCAAGUCUCCUUCCAGCACCCACACAAGUACCUGCUCCACUACCUGAUUUCCCUCAAGAACUGGCUGAACCGUUACUGCUGGCAGCGGACCCCCAUUUCCGUCACUGCCUGGGCCCUGCUGCGGGACAGCUACCACGGGGGGCUGUGCCUCCGCUUCCGGGCCCAGCACAUAGCCGUGGCGGUGCUCCACCUGGCCCUGCAGGCCUAUGGGGUUGAGGUGCCCGCCGAGGCCGAGGCCGAGAAGCCGUGGUGGCAGGUGUUUAGUGACGACCUUACCAAGCCAAUCAUUGAUAACAUUGUGUCUGAUCUCAUUCAGAUUUAUACCAUGGACACAGAGAUCCCCUAAGGCCCUGGUCCAGGCCUGCCCAAAGAGAAGCCCGGGAUGCUCGGCUGCCUGGGGACGGCAUCACCGCAUCGCUGUGACGGCUGGUCCCCAGAAGACCAGCUGGGAGGACUGGUUUUGUGCUGCUGGAGACGGGCUGGUGAAGGCGAUGACCUGCUGCCACUUUGAUUCUCAUGCUUUGACUGUCCCUGGCAGCUGUGGUCCAGACGGUGAUGGGAGCCGUGCCUCCUGCGGGCAGGCCGGGGUGCACCAGGGGAAGGGCCCCCAAGGCAUCCGUGUCUGCUUUUGUCCUUUGAGAGGGCACCGACUGCAGUUGAGGUGUGACAUCAGUGGAAGCAAAAUCAAAGAACAGAUGAGACUGCACCCUUGGGGAUUUUUUUAAAGCCAGAUUUAUAGAAAGUAUGAAUGUGCAACAUAGAUGGAAUUUUAUUUUGUAUAAUAAAAGAUGAUACAAAUCAA